GAUGAGGCUGAGUGUGUGGAACGAGCCGCUGAUGCAUUGUUCGACUUGAUGGGCGUAGAGUACGCCAAGGAAGGAAAGAAGGCGACAAGUUUCGGCACUUCCGUGUCGGCUCUUGGGUUGGUCUUCGACCUAGCUGAGUUCUCCAACGGUUGUGUGACGAUCCGUCACACUGAGCGAAGGGCUCAGGAGCUGAGGGACACGCUGGGGCACCAUUUGGAUCAAGGGACUUUGUCGCCCAAGGAGGCUGAGGUGCUGCGUGGCCGCUUGCGUUGGUACAGCUCGUAUCUUUUUGGUCGAGGACCUGCAGUUGCUAUGAAGACCUUGUCUCGUCGUGCUCAGGGUCGAGAAGGUUCUAACUUUGUGAACGACGAACUUCGCGGCGCAUUGAGCAAACUUCUUGACCAUGUUGAGAAUGCACCACCUCUCCGCAUCAACGUGGCCUCGGGAAGGACCUUCUUCCUCUUCACGGAUGGAUCUUAUGAGCCCUCGGGCGAGGUGGACUCCUUCACUGUGGCCUACAUCGACAAUUCGGCCGCCCAGGCCGCCCUG